CCUGGAUUUGACCGUGAAAAUGUUUACUACUCUGUCCAGAAGUCUGAACGUGCGCUUUGCUCUGCAGCUCGCAUUAUCGGAAAACUACCAAUGGAUUUCCAAAGCCUUUGCACUUUUGAAGCUUUUAAGCAGGUUUGGAGUGAGUAUGGUUACGGCAAAAAGUUAGAAGACGUGAUUGAAGAGGAAUUCAGUCGGAUUAAAGGAAUAACUUAUCUGGAUCACGCAGCAGCGACUUUGUACUCAGACCGUCUGCUGACAGACUUCUGCUGCGACAUUUCUACCAACGUAUACGGAAACCCUCACAGCCAUAACCCCAGUAGCAGGCUGACAUAUGACACUGUGGAGAGGGUCAGAUCCAGAGUUUUGCAGCAUUUUAACACUACCCCUGAGGAGUACUGUGUGAUUUUCACUUCUGGUUGUACGGCUGCUCUCAAAUUGGUGGCUGAGAGCUUCCCAUGGAGCCCCCAGACGGCAGACAAAGAGGGCAGUCAUUUUUGCUACCUCACUGACAACCACACGUCUGCAGUGGGCAUAAGAGGACUGACAUCUGCCCGGGGGAUCGCUACCCUCCCCGUCUCCCCACAGCAAGUGGAAGACAGAGCAAAGGAUGCAGCUCAAGGUGAAGAUGUUCUUUUCCAGACACCACACCUCUUCUGCUACCCGGCACAGAGCAACUUCUCAGGGAAGAAGUACCCCCUUAGCUAUGUGAAAGGCAUCCAGGCGAGACGCCUCUACCCAGCGUGUGAGCUUGAGGGCCGCUGGUUUGUGCUGCUGGACGCAGCCUCUCACAUUAGCUGUUCUCCUCUCAACCUACAGGACUGCCCUGCUGAUUUCAUCUCGGUGUCCUUCUACAAGAUGUUUGGCUUUCCCACAGGUGUGGGGGCUCUGCUUGUCCGUAACAACGUGGCACGCAUGCUAAAGAAGACUUAUUUUGGAGGAGGCACAGCUGCAGCUUAUAUUUCUGGAGAAGAUUAUUAUGUGCAUGCAGAAAACAUAUCUGACAGAUUUGAAGAUGGCACGAUUUCCUUUUUGGACAUCAUUGCUGUAAAUCAUGCAUUUGAGGCCCUGUACAGGAUCACAGGGGGCAUGCAUAGCAUCCAGCAGCACACAUUUGGCUUAGCACGCUACACUUACAUGCUGCUGUCAAGUUUUUGCCAUGGCAACGGGCAUCCAGUGGCUCAGAUAUACACAGAGGGCCAGUUUGAAAGUCCAAGCACACAGGGCGCAAUCCUAAACUUCAACCUCAUGGACUCUUAUGGGCAGAUAAUUGGGUAUUCUCAGGUGGAUAAAAUGGCGAGUCUGUAUAACAUUCAUCUGCGUACAGGUUGCUUCUGCAACACCGGGGCCUGCCAGCUGUUUCUUGGAAUCAAUAAUCAGCAAAUGAAGAGAAAUUUUCAGGUUGGACACGUGUGUGGAGACAGCAUAGACUUGGUGGAUGGGCAUCCAACUGGAUCUGUCCGAGUAUCAUUUGGCUACAUGUCGACAUUUGAAGACUGCCAAAAGUUCCUGAGCUUUGUUGUCGAGUGUUUUGUAGAGAAACCACUGACUGUGGAUGAAGCAAGACUGGAAAGGCUGAAAACGGCUUCAGCAGCAUCCCACACACUAAAUGAAGAUGCUCCUCUUAAAGUGACGAAUGUUGAAAAUGUAGAUGAGGAGAAUAAGGCUUCAGAAGCGUCACUGAAAGGAUUUGGACUUGGAGAUAUGAGCACAGACUCGGACAGCCAGAGGGAGGCUUAUACUCUGACCAACAUCUACAUAUACCCCAUCAAAUCAUGCGGCGCGUAUGAGGUCCACAGCUGGCCAGUCGGACCUGUGGGUUUACUAUAUGACAGAGGCUGGAUGGUGGUGAAUAGAAACGGAGUGUGCCUGAGUCAGAAUCGUGAGCCACGUUUAUGUCUCAUCCACCCAAAGGUCCAUCUGCCCUCGAACAAAUUGCUUCUGCAGGCAUCAGGGAUGGAUACUAUUUUCCUCCCCCUGGAGCACACGGCUGAGGAGCACAUCAGCUAUCAGGUCUGUCAGAGUAAAGUCUGCGGUGACAGGGUGGAGACUGUCGAUUGUGGGGACAAGGCUGCAUCAUGGCUCUCAGAGUUCCUCGGACAGCCGUGCCGCCUGAUAAGACAAUGUCCUGAUUUUACCAGAGACAUGAAGAAGAGGCAUAGCGGGGCAGGUGCCUCUGCUUCUUUGUCUCUGGUGAAUGAAGCUCAGUAUCUUAUGAUCAACCGUGCCAGCGUGGGCCUCAUUCAGCAACUAAUGAGCAGCAGGCAACAGUCUUCAGAGGAUCCCAUCUUUGAAACACAGAACAUUAUUAAUCGCUUCAGAGCUAAUUUAGUCAUCGCUGGAAGAGAGCCUUUCGAGGAGGAUAAUUGGUUGCACUUGAUUAUUGGCAACACCCGAUUCACGGUUGUAGGUCAGUGUGGAAGAUGCCAGAUGGUUGGAGUUGACCAGGACUCUGGGACCAAAACGAAAGAACCACUGCUUUCUCUAACUGCCUGCCGCAAUGCGAAGGUGACUUUCGGUGUGUACCUGAGCCAUCAGCUACCACAGGGCUCCACUCCAGCCUGCACCCUCUCAGCUGGAUCCCUCCUCCUGCUUCAGCGCUCUUAAAGAGACUUCCUGCAGCAUCCUCUUUUCUUUAUUUUGGUGCUGUCCGUGGGCCCACUUGUCUUUGCCGUGGUUUUGUACACCGUGCGCUCUAGAGACCACCUGUCAAACGGUGCACUGAGGUUGGACAGGCAGAGCUCUUUUCAUCGUGUGUUUAGCCCCUGUAGCUUCUUUUCCUUUCAUGUGGUUUAGGGGUUUCAGAUUUUUAUCUCUCCGUCUCUGUUGUUGUUCAGAAAUAAGACAUUUUUAGAACUGAAUUUUUCUAAUGGCUUAAAAAUGUUUUUUUAGAAUCGAGCGUUGAAGUGUAAAUGAUUGCAAAUUUGAAAUUGAGCAUGUGACUGCUGUUUGAGCCAAAACAUGUCAGGCGUGAUGGAAUAAUCGCUGUUUAUGUUAACCUCACAGCUCUUCCACUAUUUAUUCCUGUGGAGGUUUAUUUUUCUGUUUAUUCCACCUCAUCAUUGCUGCUGUUGCUGCCAAGGAGAAGGAAAAAAAAAAAUCUCUGAAUAUCAAAAUAUCGAGCACCUCAACAUGGUGCCAACUGUGAUUUCACACUUGAUGCCCAAAAUGUAGCAGAAACAUUAAUUAUGUUGAACACUUUGCAUAAAGGAAGCUGUAGCUCUGUCCACCAGCUUAUGAAUGUGUUCAGUGUGACAUACUGAUAUAUGCACAUUAUGUUCUCACAGUGCGACGGUAACCAUGCUGCUGUUUCUCCAAAGAUUUGCACUUUUCCAGCAAGCGUGCAUCAUCCGAGUGGUAAAUCCACAUACAGGUUUCCUUUCCUGAAUCCUAAACAAAAAAAACACUAAAUCACCAGCAGCUCUGAAGUGUGGCAGCAGCCUGUGCACGAUGAUGGAUCUCAGACAGGCUGCUCAUUGAGUGCGACGGCUGGGUGAGGGGGGUUUUUAUGAUUUUGUGGAUUUCACCCCAGAGUUUUCACAAACCAAAGAGCAGCAGAUUGUUUGAAGUUGGUCAAAUGUUGCUCUGUGCAGUGACCUGGAUGUUUGACCUUUUUAAGGUACAUUUAUUGUACUAGUGUGUGUUUUAAAUUUGAAUUUGCAGCAAAUGUCUGUUUGUGGGUCAUACAGAAUAUGUUCCAGGUGUAUCUCGUUCACAUCGUGUUGUCUUGUGUCAUAAAAAUCUGUUUUUGUCCA